AUGGCAGCCUCGUAUCUGCGAAGCACGACGAUUCCUCUCAGCGGGUUGAAGAGAUUGGCAGCGAAGCCGUCUGUGGGCACAACAUGUCUCGUUGCUCGACGGACAAAGGCCUCGCUCGCUCAUGAUGGCCAGCAACAGCUUCUUGCGGCGCACCUCGAGAAAGCCGACCCGGCUGUUUUUGACAUCAUCGAACGAGAGAAAAACCGGCAGAAGCAUUUCAUCAACCUCAUUCCAUCAGAAAACUUCACUUCCCAAGCCGUGUUAGAUGCGCUGGGUAGCGUCAUGCAGACUCUUUCUGGUGCCCCGGCCAACCUCUAUGUGUACUCGGCGCUUAUGGAUACUCAUGAUCGACUGAUGGGACUUGAUCUGCCUCACGGUGGACAUCUUUCUCAUGGUUAUCAGACGCCGACCAAAAAGAUAUCCGCGGUUUCCAAAUACUUUGAAACUCUACCUUAUCAACUAGAUGAGCGCACCGGCUACAUCGACUACGAUAGCCUUGAGAAGAUGGCCACUAUUUACCGACCCAAGAUCAUCGUCGCUGGAACUAGUGCCUAUAGCCGAUUGAUCGAUUAUAAGCGCAUCCGAGACAUUUGCGACAAGGUCAACGCUUAUAUGGUGGCAGAUAUGGCGCACAUCUCUGGCCUUGUCGCCGCCAAGGUGUUGCCGGGCCCCUUCCCCUUCGCCGAUAUCGUCACUACUACCAGCCACAAGAGUCUCCGAGGACCUCGAGGAGCCCUGAUUUUCUUCCGCAAGGGUGUACGAAGGCAGAACCCGAAGACGAAAGAGGAUGAAAUGUACAACCUCGAGGGCCCAAUCAACAAUUCCGUGUUUCCGGGCCACCAGGGCGGUCCCCACAACCAUACCAUCACUGCUCUUGCCGUGGCAUUGAAGCAGACACAGACUACCGAAUUCCACUCCUACCAGUCCCAAGUGUUGGCAAAUGCCAAGGCUUUUGCUAAGCGCCUCGGAGAAGAGAAGGGCAAGGGCGGUCUCGGAUAUAACCUUGUCAGUGGUGGCACCGAUAACCACCUGGUUCUUGUUGACCUGAAGCCCCACGGCAUCGAUGGCAGCAGAGUAGAGCGCGUUUUAGAACUGGUUGGCGUUGCCGCAAACAAGAAUACCGUGCCGGGUGACCGAUCAGCUCUGGUACCAGGCGGUCUUCGGAUGGGCACACCCGCCAUGACAACUCGCGGAUUUCACGAGGACGACUUUGUACGGGUGGCUGAUGUCGUUGACCGAGCCGUCACCAUCGCGACCCGCAUCAACAAGACGGUCAGAGCAGCAGCCGAAGAGCGAGGCGAAAAGUUGCCUGGUAAACUCAAGCUUUUUGUAGACCAUCUCGGCAAUGGGGAUAGAGAUCCAGAGAUUGUGCAGCUGAGGAGCGAAGUCGCGGACUGGGUGGGCACAUAUCCUCUCCCCUGGGACUCGGCUGAGUAG